AUGCAAAAAGGAAGCCGAAGGCGAAGAGGAGACGAGGAGGACAACAACAGAAGGAAGAGAAAAAGGUCUAGUUGGGAAGAGGAACAAGUUUUGGUGGGGGAACACGAUGUCGUGAUGGAGAUGACAUGGAAGAUGGCGCCGGGAGCGACGGCGGUGUGCACGGGGCCGACCAUAGCACAUGCAGAGGCGGAGGCGAGGAUGGGGAGUCACAUCAAGGACUCGUGUCGUAAUGGAGAAGACGCGGCCAUGGGGGAUCAAGGAGGAUGCACGCAAGUGCAUUGGAUGCCUCAAAAAGUCGAUAGGAGGCUUCAACAGAUGAUUCAGCGGCUCGACUUGGGGCUGCGGUGGUUCCAGGGAGUUGGGGUUGCGGUGGUUCCAACGAGUUGGGGCAGAGGCAUAAAGGUUCGGAGAGGGCUGCAGUGUCGAGGCAGAAGCUGUCCACGCUGA